CUAAGGGGUGGGGCUCCAAACCCAACUCCCUUUAUUCGUUGGUCUUAACUUUUUCGAUGAAAACCCCUUAAGACAAGUAAUUGCUGGAUAAGUCCGCAAUUUGUACCCAAAAUCACUCAAUCAUUGAACAUUUCAGUAUUUCACCUUAUCCCGUCGUGACUAGCGUAUCGUUGUUCUAACUGUAGUCCGCACGCUCAGACACAGUGAUAGUUUUCUUUACAGUAUCUUGACGAGUGAGGGAGCUUCCUCUGCAACAUACAAUGAUGAAGGCUUUCUCCUCAUUUCAACCGCCCCAGCAUUUCCCUUGCACAAGAUUUUUCUCUUCCAUUACCACUAGCAGGACUCAACUUUCUUUUCAUGCAAAGGCUUUCUAUUGCCAGGCAAAAUCUGAUCUUUCAUUGUGUUUCUUACUCAGGCAUAGAUGGGUCAUUGAAUUUGAGAGUGAUGCCACCCACCCUGUUAGCAGCAGAAAAGGAAGAAGCCAAGGCUGUGUUGUGCUUGUUUUUCAAGAAACAAGGUUUGAGCAACGCGGUUGCAGCAAGAACCAUCAACAAGUCAGAUCUUUUUAUUGAUCAUCUUGUCUCAAAGCUUCACUCCAAGCACAAAUCUCGAUACCUUGCAGGGAGAGAGCUUACAACUCUAGAGAUCAGAGAUGCUCUUAUUCCUUAUCUUGAAUCCCUUUUGGAAGAGCAUGGCGACGUUCUGGGGGAUUUAGUGGAAAGCUAUCCAAACCCACCCGUGAAAGAAAAAUCGACUUUGGCAAUUCCUACUACUAGUAACGUGGUAGACUCUAAGAAGCUCAAAGCUGUGUCUCGAGUCGAUGAGAUAGACCCAGCUGCCGGCAAGCUUCGCCCUCAUAUUGUGUAUCUCAUGGAGCUUGGAAUGGAUAUUGAGCAGGUUAGGAGUAUUAUACGACGAUUCCCAGCUUUUGCCUACUAUAGCUUGGAAGGUAAAAUUAAGCCAGUGGUUGAGUUUUUCCUUGAACUUGGAGUUCCAAAAGAAAACAUUGCCACCAUCCUCACUAAAAGGCCUCAAUUGUGUGGAAUCAGUCUAUCUGAAAAUCUUAAACCAACCAUGAAGUUCUUAGAGUCUUUCGGUGUUGACAAGAAACAAUGGCCGAAAGUGAUAUACCGCUUCCCGGCCCUGCUAACUUAUAGCAGGCAGAAGGUGAGGGAAAGUGUGGAUUUUCUCUAUGAAUUUGGCCUCUCAGAAGAGAGUAUAGGUAAGAUCUUAACUCGCUGCCCCAAUAUUAUUAGUUACAGUGUAGAGGACAAUCUCCGACCCACAGCUAAGUACUUCCGCUCUUUGGGGGUUGAUGUUGGCAUUCUCCUAUUCAGGUGCCCACAAAAUUUUGGUCUGAGCAUUGAGGCCAAUAUAAAGCCUGUAACAGAAUUUUUCUUGGAGCAGGGAUACACUUUGGAAGAAAUUGGGACUAUGAUUUCAAGAUAUGGAGCUCUGUAUACUUUCAGCUUGACUGAGAAUUUGAUGCCAAAAUGGGAAUUCUUUAUGACUAUGGAUUACCCGAAAUCUGAGCUGGUUAAAUUUCCUCAGUUUUUUGGGUACAGUCUAGAGCAGAGGAUUAAACCAAGAUAUGCUCGAGUGAAAAAAUCUGGAGUGAGGUUACUGCUGAACCAGAUUCUUUCACUGUCAAGCAGCAAUUUUGAGAAGGCCUUGAAAAAGAAAAUGGAGAAAAUGCAAGCUGGUUAAGAUUCCAGUGAAGCAGCAAGGUUUGUUCAAUCCGAUAAUGGAAAUUGAAACUUUCAGGCAAUGUUUGAGGUUAGAAGAUGCUCAACUUCAUGAUUGUUAUCUUGGAUUGGACCAAUGGCACUACAACUGCCGAUUUCUAUGAAGUGAAAAGUUGCAGUUGUUCUGGAACAUGGUCAAUCGUUACCUUCAGGAAAUACAGCUCAUGCCCUUGAACUUCAGCAUUAAGCUGCAUUGGAUUGAUUUCAGAGCAUGCUAGCUGCUGAAACCAAAAAAAUUAACAGGGUUUAAUGCGCGGCUUUGGUCAGCUCUACAUGACAAUUACUACUUAGUGGGAUAAGGCUUUUAUUGUAUUGUUGAUGUGAUUGUUUGUAUAUCCAGUAUUUACUUGUAUUUCUUGGUAAACUAUAUUCAGACAACAAUUUUUUAGUACAAGCAAAGGGGUAAAGAAAGUCACCUUGCCCCCUUAUUUGAUAAAUUUUAUGUACUCUUUUUUCCUUUAUACAUGUAAUUUUAAGGUUUUGACA